AUGAAGAACCAAACUGCUACCAAGGAAUUCAUUCUUCUGGGCUUUUCCUACAGCUUGCAAGUCCAGACCUUCCUUUACCUGCUCUUUUUGCUCACCUACAUCCUCACACUCACUGAGAACACCAUCAUCAUCUUCUUGGUCAGAAGGAACCAGCACCUCCAAAAACCCAUGUAUUAUUUCCUGGGGCAUUUGUCUUUCCUGGAGAUUUGUUACAUCUCAACCACCUUACCCAAGCUUUUACUUGGCUUCUGGUCACCCCCCAUCCUCAUCUCUUUUUCCAGCUGCAUGACCCAGUUAUUUUUUUUUAUUUCUUUGAUGUGCACUGAGUGUCUCCUCUUGGCCUCCAUGGCCUACGACCGCUACCUGGCUAUCUGCCACCCCUUGCACUACUCAACCACCAUGACCCACAGGUUGUGUUGCCAGCUUGCCUUUCUCUCCUGGGCAGGAGGUUUUUCCAUUUCCUUGCUCAAAAUCUCCUUUAUCUCCAGCCUCCCUUUUUGUGGCCCUAAAACCAUAAAUCACUUCUUUUGUGACAUCUCCCCAGUCCUGAACCUGGCCUGCUCCGACAGGACCCUUGCAGAGCUGGUGGAUUUUGCCUUAGCCCUGCUGAUCCUCCUCAUCCCCCUCCUGAUGAUUAUUUUCUCCUACUCCUGCAUCCUCUCCACUGUUUUUUUGAUGCCUUCAGCCCAGGGGAGGAAAAAAGCCUUUUCCACUUGUAUCUCCCAUGUCACUGUGGUCAUGGUUUUCUUCUCAGCCACCCUCUUCAUGUACGCUAGGCCCAGGAGGAUCCAUCCCUUCAACCUCAACAAAAUGGUGUCUGUUUUUUAUGCUGUCUUCACCCCAGCCCUCAACCCUCUCAUUUAUUGCCUGAGGAACAAGGAGGUGAAAGAAAUACUGAAAAAAUUCCUAAGCACAAGGUGCUCUGCAGACUGGUAG